AUGGCGGACGCCAAUAGCUCCGACGUUGCCUUGCAAAAGUAUCUCAUUCUGCACUCCCAACACCAAGAGCUCCGAAGAAAUCUCGAUCACAUUCGCUCGAGUGCCCCGUCGCUGGGCCGGAACCACACACGCCGCGCCUCCGUGGCGGGACCACCCAAGAUGUACCGUGGCAGUCCAGGCGUGUCGCCUACUGCAGACGAGUCGGUAAUGGGCCAGGUCGUCGAGGAAGAGCGCCGCCUCUUCGACGUCAACGAGGCCAUGAAACGAGCUCUGAUGGAGAUGCUCAACGGCGCACAGGCAAAGCACGAUCCUGCCUUCCGCACCUGGGUGCAGUGCCGGCUCAUGGACACCGAGAAAGAACUGAGGUCGGAGAGGAGGAGGAAGAGUGCGCCAUAG